AUUUUCUUGGUGUACCACUGACGAGUGCCACCCUGUUUGCCAAACCGGCUUUGGGAAGUGUUUAAAGUUUAUUCUCAAGAGAAAGGCAAGUUGAUCUUAGAGCAAAAUUAUCUGUUAACAUUCUAGUGCUGUUGUUUUGACCGUAAUGAGGUUUAGUCUAAAUUUUCUCAAGGGAUCAGAGGACUUGCGUGACUGGCCUUCGCGAAUGUGGCUAAAAUCCGUUCGUCAAAAUUAAAAUUUAAAAUUUAAGAUUAAUGCUUAAAAUCAAAAUCCAUCAUUUCCUCAUACUAAAAAUUACGAAUUUGUCUGACCCCUUUCAAUUUACAAUACAUACAAUCGGAACUUCGAACAUUUCCGCAGAGUUUCAUAAUGAUAUCAUACGGAUGUUAGCCGAGCCAGGCCUGAUAAAGUCAUCAAUUGCUUGACCUGUGAUAGCAGCGAAAAGGAUUAUCAAUCCCAUAACAGCAUCUAAAUAUAAUCUAAUUAAAGAGAUUUAUUCGAGAAAAUGCAGGAAAAUCAUAUUUAUUUGAACAAUUAUUUAGCGUAAUAAGUACUAACCGGUUGCAAGUUAAGUUUUACAAUGUUUCGUCAUGUUUUAAUUGCGGAUCUGAUCACCUGCAUGUCACGCUACAGACGGCCAAGCUCCAGCUGUGAGAUAGUCAUCUUGAGAAAAUUACAAGAGUUUGUAUGGGAACAUUUACGACCGCUCUUAGGAAUAAAAAAUUCAUCCAAAUUCUCAAUUAAAAUACCUCACUUCACUUCCACAGUGCAUCGCUUGUUAUCUGACCGCUUACUAUGACGAAAAGAACCCAUUUUGGUGAGUUAUCCAUUUCUAGGUUUACCACGUACAAAAGAGAGGCCAGUCUCAUAUGUACGUAGUAAACUUAGAAAUGGAUAACUCGCUAAUAUGGGUUCUUUUUAACAUAGUAAGCGGUCGAUAACAAGAGAUGCACUGUGUAAAAAAGGUGCAGUAUUUUCAUUGAGAGUUUGAAUGUAAUUUUUUAUUCCUAAGAGCGGUCGUAAAUAUGCCAUACAAACUCUUAAAAAUUCACUAUGACUCUUGUUUUGCAAGAUCAUGAUCUCACAGCUGAAGCUUGGACUGCCUGUGGUCACGCUCGAAAAAGGAAAGUGUAUCUUCGUAUAGUCAGCUGAGUCACCUUCCACACGAACAUAACUUUAAAUAAAGAAAUUGAUGCCACCUACAACUGGAAGGGGGGAGGGGAGACAAGAAUUGAUAGGAACGUAUGAAGGAGAGGGUCUACCAUGAAACAUUUUUGUUUCAGUUUUUUUUCGGGAAAUCCUCUUAUAAGUGAAAAGAAAAUGAACCUUUCAAUUUAGAAUAUGGCUAAGAGCUUCUCCCUAGACAAAACUCAAAUUUAGAACACAAUUAAUGAAACCAGUUAUGGACAUAACAGUAAAAAUAAUUACAUGUGUGAUGCGCCAAAAAAAAUGUAAAUUACAACAUAACUCUAAUUUAUUUGUUCUUAUGAGCGAUCAUGAAAAGAACAACGUUUUAUAACAUUCAUGGUAAUUGCUAAGUCGCCGGAAACAGAUGGUCCUGUAAUUAUAUAAAGGACCGUACGUAAGUAAAAUUGUGAUAUCUGGCUACAAACCUGACCAAAAGAAAAGUUAUAUCGACUCUUCUAAAGUUGCACGAAUCAAGUUUGCGAUCGAUGUGUAAUUUGCAUUUUUAUGUUCCCAUCAUCAGAAUGGCUUUUUUUUUCCAGAAAACGAAAAAUUGGCAGGACGGUUUGCAUGUUGGUAAUUAUAACGGAUAUUGUUGAUUUUAUAGUUUUAAAAGACGCGUUUAUCGUCGUUGAAUUUACGUACAAUGCUUGGUUGCUUUCAUCAGAAAAUUACACGAAAUUAAAAAUAAAUUUUCCCACGAAAAUUUGCGAUGAACGUGCACAUAUGGUUUCCAUUUGUCAUAUUCUUAAAGACCAAUGGCCACUUAGAGACCGCUGUUUAUUAAUUCAGGUGAAAGUUUUGCUCUUUCUUGUAAAUAAUAAUUUUCCUUCGCAGAUUUUUAUCAUCUACUUAAGAUUUAGUAAUUUUGGUAGAGAAACAUGAAUCACAUGACCUGCAUAGCCGUGCUUAUCUGCGCGAUAAUAAGCCGCUUAUCCAAUCCUGUGUCAGCCCAAACUGAUGUGCUCGUUCGACAUUAUCCGCCCGGUUGGUUUGAAGCGCCCAGCUCCUUCGAAGAUUACCCAGUUGGGCAAAUAGCCGGCGAAACCAUGACUAUCAUCAACCCAUGGUUGUAUCUACAGAGAAUGGGAAUUUUCAAAUUGAUGGAGCAGUAUACCCAAGGGUACUUCAAUUCCUGGGGGUAUAACAACACAGGGAACCUUCUUUGGGGACUUCCGCUCCAGUUCGGAUGGCAAAUGUCCACUGGACGUCUAAAUGAUAUGGCAGUUGGCCAGAGUCGUUGCACUGGCUCCCCCUGUGUCUCUCCAAACAGCUGGUGGGCUGAUAUGAAUUAUUACCUCUCUGUCCUACCGUUCUUAGGCGCCUUGAAAGCUGGGCUGUUUCCUCCUUUGAAAUAUCCUGUGUAUAUUUCCAAGCCAGCUGAUGUAAGCGACGUGGUCAAAGAGAAGUUCUGUACAAGUAUUGAAGAGUGCACGGAAAAACACUCUGAAAUAAUUAAACAUUGGGCUGAGUUCUUUACGCGAGUUAAGGGUGGUUCUGAAGAUGAUAACCAUGACGUAACGAUCGCCCUUAUGUGGAAGGCGCACACUACAUCGAUAUUGACGGGUAAAAUUCUUUAAAUUAGGCUAAAAAUCUUGGCUUUUUUUAUAUUCAUUCAUUUUACAAUCUAGACUGCUUUUCGUCUUUUUAUUGAUUUAGUAAUUCAAUUUGUUGAUUCGGAGAGAAAGUAGCCAAAUUUUUUUUCCCAACAGAGCAAUUUUCACUUGAGCAUUAGAAUUGAAUUGGUUUAGUUUUACUUCGCUCUGUGAUUGGUCUAGAAAACUCGCGUCACUCUCUCAGCGAAUCACAAAGUUAAAAGCAAUCGUAAUUUAUUCACUCACGUUUUCCUGAAUGUGCGUCAAGCCUCGUUUUCACUUUGAGGUCUCAUUGGCUCUUUCUGAUAUUUGCUUUGUUAUAAUUAGCUGUUAUGGUGUAAUAAUAACUUUCAUUGGUGCAUGUUCUCCUCUUUUAGCACAACCACUCUUCACUGAAGAGGCCAACCUUCUGUCCUUACCUGAAAGAAAAUUUGGAGUUGGCUGGGCCCUACUUGUAGAAUUCAUUGCAGCGACUUACUUCCAAACAAAUUUUAACGAAACUGCUGACCAACAGACUGCACUGCCGCCGCGAAUCCUGGAGCCCAGCGACAAAGUCCCUUUCAUCCCAGAUUUUACCGCAGCGCAAAACCGUGUCCUUUUGGUUAUCAACCUCUUUCACAGUACAAAUGUUGACACUAACGGGCUAUUACUGAAGGUCUGGCAAAGGGCCAUGUGCUCCCCCGAGGGGCGCGCUGUAGGAAGGAGCAUUUUGGAGAGCGUAGAAGAUGACCCUUGGAUCAUUGCUCGAAAGAUAUUCGAGCUUCUUAACGUUAUGUUCAUCUACCCUUGUGAAAUCUGAGUUUUUUAAUGUAAUAAUCUUUGGCUUUUAAAAUGAAAAAUAAAAUUGGAUGAACU